AUGAAGGAUGGGGCUGUAGCAAGUCUCUCUGAACCGAAGGGCCGAGCCCGUGUGGAGACAGUACUUAAGUACAUCGAGGAUGGAGAUCUUCGUCAUUGGAGCUUACCAGAUAUCAGGGCCUUUAAUAUUGGAUUAAGUGAAUGGCGUUCAAAGUUGAACUGCGUCACUAAUCCUUACAUGCACGAACAGUUACUGGAAAUCAGUUUUUCGGAUUUGAUUGCAAAAGGAAGUUCUUAUAUAUCAUCUAGGAAGAAUGCUGCGGCUAAAUUUCUUGAUAAAGUAUUUAAGAUUAGAUUGGGCAGAGGACUUUAUGGGGAAUGCCUGGGAGUGAGGGCAGAUGGCAGUUCCGACUUGAGUGAUGAAAUCGGGAAGCAGCUCAGCCUAAAAAGUGCUGCAUCAGGUUUAAGGCCUAUAGGAGCAGUAAUAUACAUGCUGCGGAAUAAUCUCAAGAUGUGCUUGAGGAGCAUUGAUGAUACGACUGAUACAUCCGAAGUUGCUAAGGCAUAUGGUGGUGGAGGAACCCCGAGGUCCAGUUCUUUCAUAAUAAAGAUGGACGAAUACAAUUGUUGGCUAUCAGGGAACUGAUCUGGAGUUGGAGGAAGAUCCGAACUGUUGGCUAAAAAGAAGGAAUAUUUGGUCCAUUCAACCACAAAGUAACAGCUCAUGGAGCUCGAGGAGGAUCUUAAAGCUAAGGGAGGUAGCCAGGCCUAUGAUCAGCUGCCCAAAUGAGGGCCCUCUAUGCAGCCUUUACUCUAUCAGCUGUCAGUAAGGACAUGUCCUGCUAGGCAGAAAGUGGUGUGGCACGAGCUGAUUUGGUUUUCUGGACACAUCCCCCGUGUACCCUUCCUCGUGUAUCUUUGCUUGGGGCAAGAUAAUGUCGCUGCGUGUUCUGCAACAUUGAGGAGGAAGCUCAACAUCUUCUCUUCCUUUCUACUUACCAGGGAGAUAUGGAAUAAUCUGCUGACGUACUGUUGCCGAACAAGACUCCUGCAAAUUGGGAUGCCGAAUUCUUAUGUGCAUUACAAUGGAAAAGGAAGUCCCUGCAAACUGUCAUCAGGAAGUUUUGUUGGACUCAUUACUUGCAGGACUUAGGAUUGCUUCACUACCUACUUUUGGUUAUUAGGUAGCUGAUUGCCCCUUUCUUCAUCUUUCAGUUUGAAAUUGAUGUAAUGUUCACUUAAUCUUGCACAUACUUCUUUUUCUUUUUUUUGAGGAAAUAAAAAGCCGUACUUGUUCAGAAAAAGAAAAAAGGAAUUG